AUGAUGAACAUUAUUUCAUUAAUUUUAUCUUAUUUUCUUCUAUCAAUUGUUCAAGUUGUUCUGUCGGAUGUUUAUGUGUAUAAUGAUUCAAAUAUAACAAUCGAAGAUUUUGAUGAUCAAGGAGCUAGUUUUGGACCAUCAUUUCCAACAGGAGGAUUAAAAGGUUAUAUUAUAACAACAAAUCCAGAAAAUGGAUGUAAAAAAAUAUUACCACCACCAAAUAUUCCAACAUUUGGCUACUAUUGGAUUGCAGUUAUUCCUCGAACAAUAGGAAAUGACACAUGUGAAUUUGCUCUUAAAGUACAAAAUGCUCAAAAUGCAAAUUUUAGUGCGGUUAUUAUAUAUAAUUUUGAAGAUAAAAUAAUAACUAUGGGAUCAUCGGGAUCAUCUGGAAAAAAUGUUCAUAUACCAUCAACGUUAAUUACUCGUACUAACGGCUUAAAAUUGAUUUCACAUUAUUUGUAUAAUAAAACAUCAGUUAAUUCAACUCCACUAUAUCAUAUUAAAAUAAUGCCAGAAGAAACAUUACCAGUGACUGCUUAUUUAAUACCAAUUGCUGUGAUUCUUGCCUUUACAAUUCUUGGUCUUAUUGGUUUUAUAUUAGUAAAAAUUUAUUUACGGCGACGUCAAACACGUCGUCAUCGUUUACCACGAUCAGCACUUAAACAAUUAAAAAUAAAAAAAUUUGUUAAAGGUGAUCCUUGGGAAGUAUGUGCUAUUUGUUUGGAUGAUUAUGAAGAUGGAGCUAAAUUACGUAUAUUACCUUGUGAUCAUGCAUAUCAUAUGAAAUGUAUUGAUCCAUGGUUAAUAAAUAAUCGACGUCAAUGUCCAGUAUGUAAACGUUAUGUAUUUCCUGAUCAUGAUAAUUCUGAUGAAGAAGGAAAUAAUAAUCAACAACAACAAGCAAGAACACCAACAGAACAGACACCAUUGGUACAUUCAAAUAAUAAUAUUAAUUCAACUACAGAUAUAUCAAUAAAUCAACGAUUAUCUGGACGUCGAUUACUUAAUCCAUCCGGUAGAGGUAUACAUAAUGUUUCUUUUGCAUCAAAUGAAUCAUUAGAAGAUGUUGAAAGUUUAUCCUCAUCACUACAAACAACAUCAGUACAUCCUGCAACAACAGUAGGAGUUACUUUCGAUAGACCGUUAUCAAAUUCUCGACGAUAUGGUAGUAUACAUGAAUCUUCAACAACACCACGUGUUGCUAAUUUUUUUGUUGGUUCUAUUGGUGGUGCAACUGAUAAUACAAAUGUAUCUGUGCCUUCUGUUGCUGAAGAUGUCAGUGAUAUUGAAAUAAUUAAUGAUGAUGGUGAUGAAGCAAUUCAUUCGAUUACAACUCGUUCAGAAGAAAAUCCAGCAUAUGUUGAUGAUGAAGGAUCAACAACGAAUACAAGUCAAAUAUACUUGUAA